AUGAAUUUCGUAGUUAAUAAAGAAUCAUAUACAUAUAAUAAAACACCGAAUUUUAAUCGUCUUAUUGAACGAGUUCGACAAUGUAUUCGCGAACGUGAAUUAGAAAAACAGCAACAUGUGAAAGUCUAUUCGAUGAAUCAUUAUGCAGAACAUUUAAAACGAUGUAUUCAUGAUAGUCCAUCAGUUGGCCGAGCGCUUUUCCAAUUUUAUAAUGUAGUCAAAAAUUUUCCUUCGCAAAAUAAUCGAUUUCGUUCAACGAUAAUACUCGAUAAUAAUGAAUCGAAAAUGAGUUUAGACGGUAAAACUUCAAUUGAUUAUUCAUCUAGAACGAGCACUCAAUUUGAAUCAAAAACAAAUUUAACAAUGUCACAAUCAACUCAUUUAGAUAAUUUAACAGCAGUGAAAUCAACUACACAUUUUAUUCAGCCAGUUCGAGUUUCUCGUCGAAUCGGAGGUUUGAUGACAAAAACAACAUUAGCAGCAAUCAAUAAGACGCCACGUCAACGUACUACUCGCGAUAUCGGAGUUCUAGAACAUCUAUUAAGUCGUUGUGAAAGUCUUCGUCAUUUACCUACUAAUGUUCGUCAUUAUGCUGCUCGCUCGCUUUUACUUUUUACUCACAAUCCAAAUACAAUUUUGACGCGUCAAAAUUUUCCUUCAUUUCUUGUUUAUAUUAUUGUCUAUGGACAAUGCUUAUUGUUACUAGAAACCAAUGAAAAAACACUAUUUGGUCAUCGAUUGAAUAUUGGAGAUGUGUACGGAGAUGAUUCUCUUCGUUCAAUAGAUUUUCAUCAUUUAAAUGGUUUAAUAACAAAUGAAAAUACUCAUUGUAAUUUAAUUGGAUUUUUUUCAAGAGAUAUUAAAACCUAUGGAAACUAUCUAUCGGAUAUAAUGAAGCAAUCACUACUUGAACAAUUUCGAAUGCAAUCAAUAUUUAGUGGUAUUCGAUGGCGAAAUGAUAUUUUGAAUUAUAUUUUAAAAUGGACGACUUACAAACAAUAUUCAAUCGAUGAAAUCGUUUAUGGCAAUGAAGAAUAUGAGCAUGAGAAUUUAUAUUUUAUUUUACAUGGUCAAAUAUCUUUUGUACGCCUAUUUGAAUUUCCAUCGAACGUAAUUAAACAUCCAGAAUACAGUCAAUUUUAUCAGAAAUUAAAUAAGAAAACGAUAAAUACUAAAGAACAACAUCAUUCGACUAAUAAUUUUGUGUCGGAUCCAUUAAGUAGUAAUCAAUCCCCAUUAACAGAUGCAAAUUCUCCAAGAAAUAUCAAUGAUACAAUAAAUGAAAAGCGCGCCUUACAGAAACAAAGAACUACAUGGCGUUUUCUUGAAAUAUUUCUUCUUUCCAAUGGUCAUUAUUUUGGUUUCGAAUCAACAACAAUUCAUUCGUGGUAUCUCACUCGAAGUAUCGUGGAUAUUGUUUCAAUUCCAAAGCGUCGCUUUGAAAAAUUAGGUUCUUUUGCUCCAGUGAUAUUCGAAAAACUUCGUCAAGAUUUUCUUGAUAUUUUUCCCAGUGAAACUUUCAUACGUAAUUCAUAUAUAAAAAAUCUUCAAGCAAAUAAACCAAAUGAAAAUGAAAUUUCAAAAAUAAGUAAUCAUAAAAAACAAUCAACUAUCAAUAGUCAUAACUUCGAAAAAAUCCAAUGGAUUCCAGAGCAAAAUAUUCUCAGUAAAAAGAUCACAGACAAAAAAGAUUUCGUCGUAAAGAAGUAUUUAAAAAAAUGA